UUGGAUAGCCACAGUGCGGCAGGAAAACCGCACCACGGCACCAGUAGGUUGAACAGAGCUAAAUACAUACAGGCUAUCCGUAUACGAAUACAUAGGAAUGAAAAGGAGAAGCCGUCUGCUUCCAGGGAACCAAAAAAUGGAAAUAUUUCUGUUUUCAUCUCAGCUCAAGUGCAGUUUUUCCCUCUGAAAUCCAAGGAAACCUUUUUCCCAGCCUGGUCCCGACGAAGCCCAUUUCAACUGGUAGACGGCAGAAUGGAUGAAAAACAGCAGGAGUAGCGACUCAUUGUGUCAACGAGACUGAAUAAGACGGGGACACCAGAAGCCGGUCCAGCGUUUUAUGACUGACAGAACUUGUGAAUAGUCUUCGGGAAGACACCGCGUCUCAUCAUUUCACAGCCACUUCAUUGUUUUCCACUGAAUUCCAGUCGUGGGAUGCUUUCGCGUUGUGUUGCUGCUCCAUAGGCUUCAAGAAAAAAGAAAAAUAUGGGUGAAGUUCAGGACGUCAGGGAUGUUAAGAAGACAUUCGUUGCUCCAGCAAUAAAGUCUUUUGAGCACUAUGACUUCUCCCGAGCCAAAAUCUGUUGCAGCCUCACAUGGCUGGUAUCCAAAGCUUAUGGGACAGACAGCAUCCCGGCAGACUUAAAGGACCCCUUUUACACAGACCAGUAUGAGCAGGAGCACCUGAAGCCUCCUGUGGCCAGCCUGCUGCUGUCCGCAGACCUCUACUGCAGGGCCGGCAGCCUCAUCCUGAAGAGCGACGCUGCCAAACCCCUGCUGGGUCACGAUGCUGUCAUUCAGGCGCUGGCUCAGCGUGGACUCUACAUUACCGACCAGGAGAGACUGGUCACUGAGAGGGACCUUCGAAAGAGACCUCUGCAAAUGAGCGCUCACCUGGCGAUGAUCGACACACUGAUGAUGGCGUACACAGUGGAGAUGGUGAGUGUGGAGAAGGUGAUGGCCUGCAUUCGUCAGUAUUCAACCUGCGACCCUGAGGUGGAAACACCUUAUGACACAGAGGACGCAGUGACCACCUGGAUCAACAAGGUAAAUGAGUAUCUGAAAGACGUCGUGACUCAGGAACAGAGGAAGAGGGAGACGCAGAGCGCCGAGCCUGCUGGGAGUCCCCGGUCUCCAACCAAGUGGUACAUGAAGCUUGUGCCUGCUCGCUACAGGAAGGACCAGACCGCGACCCAGCCGGUUCCCUGGAUCCCCCCAGUGGACAACCUGCUGAAAGACAGCACGGACGGCUCGGCACUGGGUGCUCUGCUGCACUUCUACUGCCCUCAGCUGCUACAACUGGAUGAUAUCUGUCUGAAGGAGAACAUGACACUGGCCGAUCGGCUGUACAACCUGCAGCUCAUACAGGACUUCUGCAAAGACAACCUGAACAGCUGCUGCCACUUCAGCAUGGAGGACAUGCUCUACGCCUCGUCCACCAUCAAGAAUAACUACCUGGUGUUCAUGGCAGAGCUGUUUUGGUGGUUUGAGGUGGUCAAGCCGUCUUUUGUGAAACCAAGAAUGCUGGAAAACGAAAACACAGAUCCCUCAUCCUUGUUGAAAAACAUACCAGCCAUCCCCAUCUCCAAGGCAACUAAGAGAAGCUUCAUGGAAAGACCUCCAAGUCCUGAGAGACCCAGUCUGCCCCUCCGACCCCAGCCCCGAAACUCAGGAGAGAUCAAGAGGUCAACCUCAAUGUCCUUUGUCGAUGGCAACCUCGGAACUUGGCCCAAAGAGAAAAGGUCUGGGCCUUAUGGAGUGUCUUUUGACAUCCCCUUUGACAAAGAAGACUCUGCUCCGGGGCCUCUUUCCUCCACACGUGGCAUGGUCAGAUCCGUCAGCACUGAUGAUGGUUCUGGAUUCAAGGUCCAACACCUGCCUCGUGGAAUGAAGCGUAACCUGUCCUUCCAGCCAGUGAAUGGUAAGAGUAUCGGCAUUGAGGAGGAGGGCUGUCCAGACAGCCUGGCUGGUAUGGAGCCUGACAGGCGACCGUACCCCAACGGACAUGGAAAUAUUAUGGCAGCAACUCCUUCCAUGGAGGAAGCCCUUCAGAUUAUCCACAGCCCAAGUAGGCCCCCAGUGGAGGGCAUCAACAACGGUUUCUUUUUGCACAGUCAGGGCCUUGGGGCUGGUGUUGGUGGCUUGGAGCCAGUCUCAGAGUUGGACUCCAAAAGCGCCCUGAGCACCACAGACACAACCGAGGUGGACACUGGCAUCCAUCUCCGAACAGAAGACAUGCUGGAUGAGGAUUCCUCUUUGAAAGACUGCUCUGUGAACAUGGACUUGGAAUUGGACACGCCAAGCCCCUCCCCGAGCAGUCAGGGCAAAUCCCUUUUAGCAGUGAAGAUGACCAGCUUUGCCGAACAGAAGAUGAGAAAGCACAAUCCAUCAGCGCCAGACUCAGGGAGGUGCAGCAGCAGCUCCCUCAAGACCACUCCUGAAGGCUCUGAGCUUGGCCUCCCAUUAUCUGUCUCCUGGGCCCCAACCCCUGAACACAGCCCCAUCCAUCAACAAACCACACCUACCCUCACUGCUCAAGCAUCAUCCACACCAGUACAACUUCCACCCAACGAUCCCGCUCAGGUCAUGGCUACAGAGAUGGUACAGUUGAGGAUGAGGCUAGAAGAGAAACGUAAAGCAAUCGAAGCACAGAAGAAGAAGGUGGAGGCUGCAUUCACAAGGCAUCGGCAAAAGAUGGGUCACUCAGCAUUUCUCAAUGUGGUAAAGAGGAAAGGAGAUGGGGCUGCCAGUGGAGAGGAAGGAGGAAAAACCGAGGGAGAAGGCAAGGCAGCAAGCACAAGUCCCACCUUCAAAUUCGGAAGGAGCAAGGCAGACACGCCUGAUGGGGCAGAGCAAAGCAGCACAGGCUUCUGUUGGACAAAGUCGCCUGGUGCAGGAGAGGAAGGUGGGCAAAGCCCUGCUCAGCUAACUGAGGUAGAUCUCACAGAGUAUACCCGUUCUAUUGAGAAACUGAACCAUUCGUUAGCCUUCCUUCAGACUGAGAUGCAGCGACUAGCUCAGCAGCAGGAAGUGAUCAUGGCUAUGAGGGAACAACAACAUCAGCAGGCGUGGGUCAUCCCUCCUCCACACACAAACCCAUCCCCACAAAAACACAGUCGAGCUGGAGCCGUCGCUCGAUCCUCAGGACCCUCUUCUCCUGCCGACUCCCCUCGUUCCACUCACCGUUCUCCAACCAGCAUCAAGCGCAAAUCUGCCUCCUUCCACUCACGCAAUCCUCGCACGCCUCGUCCCAGCGAGCUAAAGCUGGCCCCCUACAAUCGUGUCCUAACUGCCCCGCAAUCUGUAGAUAGCAUCCCCAGACUACGGCGAUUUUCUCCCUGCCAGCCUUUGGCGAGUUCCUUUGUUUACAUGGGGGAGAAACCAGCACCAGCCAAUCUAGCAACAGUAGCCUCAGAUGGGGAUAAGAAUAAGGAGAGUGAGUCACUCCUUUCCCCAGAGAAAGAGCACGCCAGUAUAUGUGUAGCCAACUCACCCCCCUGCUCCCCCAACCUGCAGAACAAAAAAGAACAAAAAUCUGAAGCUCGAGAAACAGAAAAGAGCCAAUCCAAGAACACUGAUGUGGAAACAGAUGAGCAGAAAGUUCAGAAGUCAGUUGCAGAGCUCAAACCUACCAUAGAGUCCUCAUUUCCUGAGGUUCUGGCCCACCCUGUGGUCGAGACCUUCACGGUGACACCUACAGAGAUUCCUCCCCAGCCAGAAGACUCCGGCCUAGUCAAGAGCAACUUGAUUGAGGUACCUCUGUCAGUCGUGAAGCCCCUGGAAGAUCUGACACUUGAUGAUGAUUUGGAGAUGCAGCAGGCUAACGUGGAGGCAUCAGAUUACGAACAGAAGAUGUGUCGUGGUUUCUUCUUCAAGGCGGACGGAAAGGCCGAGGAGAACAUGGCUCAGAAGAGGGCUGCACUGUUGGAGAAGAGGAUGAGGAGGGAGAAGGAGAGCCAGCAGAAGAAGAUGCAGCUGGAGGCUGAGUUGGAGCAGAAGAAGGAGGAAGCUCGACUGAAAGCAGAGGAGGAGCGCGUCAGGAAGGAAGAAGACAAGGCCAGGAGGGAGUUCAUCAAGCAGGAAUACCUCAGGAGGAAGCAGCUAAAACUGAUGGAGGACAUGGACACCGUCAUUAAACCUCGACCAGCCGGCGGUGCCAAGCAGAGGAGGGGCCGCCCCAAGUCUAUCCAUCGCGACAGCAUGGACUCCCCCAAAACCCCAGUCAGGGCUGCCACAGGUUCACGCCAACGUGUCUUUUCAGUCUCCAGCUUGUCCCUCGCUUCCCUCAACCUAGGAGACAGCGACAGCGUUCACUCUGACAAGAGAUCGCCAAGAAGUGCUAGUUUAGCCUCUGGCAGUCUCUUCUACUUUCUGAGAUCUCCUAAACUGAGAAGGAGAAGGCCGGAUUCUGCAGAUGGUUUCUUGUCCCCGAGUCGCUCCAGCAGCAGGAAUGGUGAAAAGGACUGGGAAAACGGAUCCACGACCUCCUCUGUUACAUCAAACACAGAAUACACCGGACCAAAGCUAUACAAGGAGCCCAGUGCCAAAUCUAACAAGCACAUCAUCCAGAACGCUCUGGCCCACUGCUGCCUUGCAGGCAAGGUUAAUGAGGGGCAAAAGAACAAGAUCCUGGAGGAAAUGGAAAAAUCAGAGGCCAACAACUUCUUGGUUUUGUUCCGGGAUGCUGGCUGCCAGUUCCGCUCUCUCUACACUUACUGCCCCGAGACCGAGGAGAUCAACAAGCUGACAGGCAUUGGCCCUAAGAGCAUCACACGCAAGAUGAUCGACGGCCUCUUCAAGUACAACUCAGACAAGAAGCAAUUCAGUCAGAUACCAGCCAAGACCAUGUCGGCCAGCGUGGACGCGGUGACCAUCCACAACCAUCUCUGGCAAACAAAGAAACCAGCCACUCCUAAAAAAGUAGUGCCUGUCCAGUCCUAAUGGAACUCAAUACCCGAACCAUCACCAUCUCCCCCCUCAAACGGAACAAACCUAUUUAAAUUUGCACUUCACUGUAUAUAUCCAUGAAGAUUCAAGCACCUGCAAUGCCAGUUAGAUUGAAUGCAUAUUUGUCUUUUUUUAUGUUUGUUUGUCUUUUCCUCUCAUUCCCUGCAUUCCUAUCCUUAUUUUUCCUACUUACUCUGGACUGGACAUGAUAGGACUCAAAGAACAACUGGAAUGUAUGCCACUGUUAAAAGAGUGAUGUAAAUGCUUCUCACUUGUGUAUUUUUAGAGACUGUCAUGUUUGAGUCAUGAAGGUUUGUGUGAUUGUUGGGUUUUAUUUCCUACGUGCCAAAUGUCAAAAAAAAGAGACAGUAUGAAUGCCAGGACAUUUUAUUGGGUACACUGAAGCACUGAAUGUUUUUAAUUCAUGUACAGAUUGAUUUGUGUUUGCAUUAUCCUGUUGAGUGUGGCCUUAUGCGCGUUUUGUUUUAGAGUGUUAGCGCAAUGAGGUGAUUGUAAAACAGCGUAUCUAGAUUGGGGUUUUUUUUGUAUUUGGAAGAACCCUUUUUUUCUUCAUCUCUGUGGGUAAAACAGUUUGUAUAUUAAGGUACGUAAAACUACAAAGGGCCAAAAAAACUAAUUGCAUACAGCUAGUGUUAGCCACACAGUACAAUGUGUGUUCAGCUCAACAAAGCCAAUCGGUUUCAGCUUUUUUUCAGAAACCUUUCGGAGAAAGUGAUUUUAAAGAAUGCAGGACGUUACUCUAGAUCACUGGUUCUCAACCUGUGGGUCAGGACACCUGCAGGCGUUUUAAGCUGUAAUGUAUGAAGUGUGAAAAGAAUUAUUUCUAAUAUACAAAUAUGCUGUCAUGUUUGUAAUUGUUGUGUCAGAUUCCUUUUUCUUUAGUUGCAGCCUCAAAAUAAUUAAGGUAAAUUGACAGACAGUGAACAUAGGAAUCAUCCCUUGGGGAUCAAAGUUUGUUUACAUGGAGGCAUUGCUUCAGCCAAAAAAGGGUUGGGAACCAGUGUUGUAGAUUUGUGAACAAAUAAAACAGCUCAGUAUUAUUUUGUUUUUAUUUAGAAAUAUUGCCAACUGCACCACGUAGCAUUUUUGUAGGAUUACACUCUUACCCACUGGUAUCAGGAAUAUGACUGAAUUCCUAAUAUAAUGACACCUAAGAAAUAUUUCUCUUUAUAUCAAUAUCAGGCUUUAAAUUAUUGUAUUAGUACUUUCUCGACAGUAUUAUAAAUUCUUCAGAUUCACACCGGGCCUACUCAUAUUAAAAGUCUUCACUUAAGGCACUUUUGGUGCAAAGCAUCCACAACACACCAGAUGUAGUAAACAUAGUGCAUAUACAAGGUUUAGAUCGCUGAUUAGUCAAAAAUCAAUUUAUCUAAAUCACAGCAAGUAUUGCCUGACUCAUUAAAAUGGCCACACUGUUACUAAUAUUCAAUAUUGUGUCUGUUGCUUUUACAUAACACAAAUGUAUGUUGACCCAAACUAAGAUUACAUUAUGUGACAUAUUAGCAGCAUAUUUGUCUGUUGCCUGUAGAUGCAACAUGUCCAAAAUAGGCCACAAAUGCAGGACUUUUGUAAGAUUUCUGUUAUUUUCUUUCUACGAUUAGAAGAAUGAAUUUCAUAAAAUGAUGCAAGGCAGAAUGAGGCAGAUCCUCGUUGCUGCAUACGGGUAGAGACUCGCCACAGAGUUUCAUUGGUGUCAGUAUCAUGUUCCUUUUGCCACCAAAUGUCAAAUCAACACCGUUGGCAGGUACGAUUUCCAACAAAAACAAUAUCUGCUAACAUGGUGCUUUGUUUUCAAUUGGGAGGGGGGUAUUUAUGACCAAAAGUGAGCAUGUAUGUGUUUUUAAAAAUGUAAUCUAAUAUGAAAGAGGGAAGACGUGUUUCUCUCCUGCUGAAAUGAUUUUUCCUCAUGAAGCUCUGUCCACCUGCUUUUGGCCGCUCGAGGCCAAAGGAAAUGAUUAUUUAAACUGUAAUGAUAUUGUACAGUGUGUUCAUGUGAGCUCAUACCUAUUCACUAUGAUGACCUUGUU